AUGCCAAAUAUCGUCAAGGUCCACUUGGCUCCUCCGGACAUUGCAACCCCACGGUGUACAUUACGCCCCACAGCGGCCAGCCAGCGAUCCACCUCAGUCUCCUCAGUGUAUGGUUCUACCUCAGGCGCCAGCGACGACGUUGGGCCUAACGCCAGUAGAUGCAGGUACGUAUCGGCUCGAUCUUCGCGAGCACGUCUUCAAGCCGUCUAUCGCGCUUCCCUGCAUGCACUCAGCCGCCAACGCGACUGCUAUUUUGCGGUUUCGCGAGACCCUGAUCCCCAUCUGCCGUGCGCGAUCCCCAACUAUACCCUGCGUCGCAGCGGGUCGUUGAACGGUUUCACAUGCUCGUGCUACGACCCUGCAGAACGCCGCUGA